CUCUAAAUUCUCACCAUGACGAGCUCUAGAGCACUCAGCUGCAGCAUUGAAAUCUUUGAAGAAAAAGCUGGUCUUCCAAUAGUCUCACUUCUCACGCUGUAUAUGGCUACGCUUUCGCUCACUCUUCUUAACUGUGCGAGCACCGUUGAGAAUCCCCACACCGCAUUUUCUUCAUCCUUCACCACUCUCUCUCGCAGGAGUAGAUAUAGCACAUGCUCUUUUGCCAAGAAAUCAUUGAGGAAAUCCAUAAGAGAUGAACCAGAGGCAUCCGGAGAUAUCUUAGAUGAUAAAUUUGUUCAAAAUGACAACUUGGACACUUCUCUCAAUCCAGCUGCCAAGAAUUCUGACCCUUUUCCUUCAAGGAGUGCCGUGCUUCAAGCUUGCAUAAUAACUUCUGGUCUUAUAGCUGCUUUGGGAUUAGUGAUUCGGCAGCUGUCUCAUGUCGCGUCUGUGGAAGGAUUGCCAAUCUUGGACUGCUCUGCAGAAGUAUCAUUUGGUUUUGAAUUGUGGCAUCUUGAGUUGAUUACAGGAACUGUGGUGUUAAUAUCAUCAUGUCGCUAUUUACUAUUGAAGACAUGGCCAAAUUUUGCAGAAUCUAGCGAAGCAGCGAAUAAGCAGGUCCUUAGCUCACUUCAGCCUUUGGAUUAUAUUGUCGUUGCAUUCUUGCCUGGUAUUAGUGAGGAACUCCUUUUCCGAGGAGCAAUUCUUCCACUUUUGGGAACGAACUGGAAUAGUAUUGGGAUUGCUGCCUUGAUCUUUGGUAUUUUGCACCUGGGCAGUGGUCGAAAGUAUUCCUUUGCCAUCUGGGCAACUUUUGUUGGUCUUGCGUAUGGAUAUGCUACAAUUUUAUCUUCUAGCGUGGCGGUUCCCAUGGCUUCUCAUGCAGUGAACAAUUUGAUUGGUGGGAUUUUAUGGCGGUACACGUCAAAUACACCAAACCAGAAAUUGAAUGAGUGAUUGCCAUCUUCACGGCUAAGUCACUGGCUCUCUAUAUUCUAACCCUCCCUGCCGUGGGUUUGAUGUAUAUGUGAGACUUGUGAUAGGGAAUUCAUGGAGCAAGAAGGAAUUUUGUAAAUACUAGUAGUAAUGGAAGCUCUGCUCUCAUCAAUUGUUCAUGGAAAAGUUCAUGUUUGUAUAUUACAUACUAUUUAUAGGUCUCUGUUGUAGUCCUCUGAAAACAUGUCAUGAAAUUAUUUACCGUAAAUUGUAAUGGCAAUGAGGUCACUUGGCUU